AUGUACACCGCAGCUAUUAGUAGCAGGCCCUGCUCGGACAGCCAUUGGGAAGACAUCCUGCUAAUAACCAAUGCUGCUGAUUGGGUCAUCACGUCAGAGGUUACAAAUAUAUCCGGCUUUCUCUACUGGCGAACUUACCGCCAGGACCGGGUGCCUGAAAGAGAUCCAUUAAAUAUAAUUCAAUGUAGUCCUGGACCAAAAAGGAAAAGUAGGGUACUUGUGGGUCCCAAGCUCUUGCCGUUGCCGUUUAGACUACACUUGGAGUCACAAUUGCCCGCGCUGGAGAAGAUGGCGGCAGUAAGUUGGACUACAGAAGAGGCCGCUAUUGCUGUGGUACUGAACAUGUGGGGAGUGAGCUACAAGACCAUCGCUAGGUUGCUGACCCUUAAAAGCGCCAAUGUACGAGGUAUUCAGCACGGCGCAGGACCUCUGUAUGAAAGGACUGAGGCCGCAGUUGGGAAAAAGUUGCGGAGGAUACGCGACGAGAGACCAGAGCUCUGGAUAGAGCAAGAAGGCAAAUGGGAUUGGGAAGCGGUAUCCCGGUACCUUCACGACUCCCAGAUUGAUCAGGUCCUGCUUGACAAGCUGCUGGUCUUGACAGACGACGAUAUUGAGACGAUCAACCAGGUAGGUCCGUUGAGCGCAACUCGAAAUAUUGCAGCUGAUCGAUCAUGGCAGACCCAGAGAGCCGAUUAUCUCUUCCUUGAUGCGAAUUAG